AUGCCUCACGUCGAACCACCACGCACCUCCUUCCCGCCUAUCGUCGCACAGUAUUCAGGCGAAGAUCUCGUCGUAGGCGGCGGUGUCGCGAUCUUCCACCUCGCAACGCAACGCGUCGUGAUCUGCAGCGCGCGCGGCCGGCGGGGAGACAAAUACUACUUCCUGCCCAAAGGGCGGCGCGACGUAGGAGAAGACAGUCGCGCGGGAGCUGAGCGCGAGGGCUACGAGGAAUCCGGCUACCGCAAUCGGCUCCUCCCGCUGCCGACCAAGCACCGCCAGCCGCAAGCACAUCCGCGCGUCGACUCACCGCCGCUUACUGCGGAACCUGUUUGGAUGCAGAUGAUGCCGCUCGGGCAUGGGUCGAUGCAGUACGUGUUGUACUGGUACAUUGCGGAGACGCUUCCGCCUGAUCUUGAGGUGGAGCUGCUGACGGACGUAGGCGCUGCGUAUAAGCAGCCGCCGGCGUACCCGCCCACUUUGACGCUGAGGGAGAGAUUAGCAAUGGAGCCGGAGGGGUAUGAGCCAGUGCAUCACGAGGGGACGGGGGUCGAUGAGGAAGAAGCGACGUAUAAGAGUUAUCUCGUAACUGUUGAAGAGGCGGUGAAGAAGCUCGGACGGAAUGGGGUGAUGGCUGAUGUGGUGCUGAGGGGAUGGAAGGGAAUUCAGGAUCGGUUGGCAAUGGAGGAGAUGCACGAGGCGGCAACGCAAAGUCCGGAGGCUAUGAUCUGA